UCACGAAGAGCUGUCACUGGCUGGGUCAGUUGGCAACAGACCUUCGAGGUGGUCAUAACUGCUUGUGCUGUCCUAAUCCUGCAUCCGUCAAAACUCUCUUAUCGAGUUUGCAUGUAAAGAAUAGUCGAAAGAGUUCUCGUGUGUGCUGUGACAGAAAAGAUAUAACAGCGAGGAACGAAUUCACGAGUGCGUCGAUAGUUCGGGAAAACCAUGGAGCUCGUUAGGAUCAUUUGACCCACGGGAACGACUCCAGGCUCGGUGGAUCGUGCUACCUCGCGUGAUAUUACAAAUCGGUAUGCACUGCCUAGGCGCGGUGACAGGAGGCAUUCCCAGCCCGAAUGGGGUUGGCGGUCGGGGUGGCAUUCUUAGCAUGUUCCGAGCCCUUGGAGUCCUAGUGUGCGAGGGGAGGAUUCAGGGCCCUCCACGUGGUUACAAAGAGGGCCCACAUUGUGCAGCUCCUACGCAGACGGUGCCUAACGACCAUGUGUGCGAGGAAGAUAAUUACCUGUGCGAUCGAUAUCUUGUGCUGGUCCGAGAGAUCGCGGACCGUGUUGCAAUCGGCUCGUUCCUGUGCAUCGAGGUAGUGUUGUGCAGCAACUGUCCAUGCGGUUUGGCGAAAUGCACGAACAAGAAUCCGAUCUGCACCGUGCCGUCCUUAUCAAUUUCACCAUGGCAACAAGCGUCGGAGAUGCUGCUGGAGUAUUGGUGUGUUUGCGUCGUUCCUAGCAAGAGUCCAGAGACCAUGAACUUCUAUGGAUUAUAUCAGGCGGUUCGUUCGCGACUUCACUUCAGCCAAGUCGCUGCUUGGUGGUCGAGGAGCAACGGUACCGAUCCCAGUUACAUCGUGACGAGAAUGGUGCCCUACAACGAAGACAAUCUGAGAAAGUUUCGCGAAACCCCCGUGGAGCACACGUUCCCUUUGGCCGGCAACAGUGAUGGAAAUUCCAUAAAAGUCACCGUGUGGGCACUGCCGAGGAUGGAGGAGGUGCCGGUUCUCACCUGCCCGUUGCACCCGAUCAAAGAGAAAGACGAGGAGGGUGUCGCGAGGGCUUUGACACCCACCAAGGCUAUCCCGGUUCCCAGCGCUCCGCAAAAUCCUGAAGGCCUUGUUUUGCCUGCUUUAGUGGACGACAGACUGCAGACGCCUUGCAACAAACCUGGAAAGCAUCAUUGCCCGUGCGAGGAGGAGGACAUUCCACCACCAUCACCAGUGAUUUCGAGACAAAACCGCGAGAGGAAACGUCGCAGGUCCCUUCCCUGUGGUCCCACGGACACGAGCAAUUGCGUAACGAUUCAACCGAUAGCUCUGCCCUCGGUGCAGGAAACUGUGGCGCAAGAAACGAAGGAUGGUCAGAGUUCGAGUUAUCCGAAAUGCCCGUCCGAGAUCGCGAACAAUCGUAGCGUGAAGUCUGUGGCGCAGAGCCAGAGCUGCAAGUUGGAGGAGAACGCCAUCAGGAAUCGUAAGAAUUUGAACGCCGAUAAUCUGGAGCGGUGUUUCAAGACGCAGUUGAACAUCGACGGGCGGGAGGGGAACGUGGAGAAGCGGUACAAGCGAACGAUCGAGGAUUCCGAGUUGAAAUCGAAUUGCAAGGAGAAACAGUGCAAUUUGGAGAAGAAGCACAAGGAGGCGGACAAGUCUGGGGAGAAGAACGGAAUAUUGGAGAAUUUGAUACCGUUCAACUCCUCGUUGCCAUGGUCGUUCGUCGAGUCUUGGAACAACAGCAACGCGAGCGGCAAGUGUGCUUUUCAAAGUUUGCGCGGGAGCAGGGAAAGCUCAUAUUUCAACGAUUCCGAGAGAAUGAACAAACCGCCGGUGAACAAGGAUUCGAGCCUCGUGAUCAAUCCGUUUAGGCAGCCUAGUCCGUUCCACGAAUCAAAUCCCGGUCCUUCGACGAAUAACCGACUCAAGCAAGACUCCUCUUGCAUGGUGCAUCAAAGCUGCGUGAAAUCGUCGAACAAAUUGUCCGGCUCCGAAGCGAAUCCCGGGGUGGAAGCUCUGGAGGAGGGGGGGAACAAUAGGGGAAGGUCGGGGAAGGAUUUGAGCCAAUUGAUAUCGAAACUGUCGUUCCCCGAGGAGAAGGAGAAGUCGAAGGAGGAGGGAGGUUUCUUGGAUUGGUUCAGCAAAGUUCCUGGCCGAGUUCUCGGAGUGGCGCCGACCAGUGGCUUCGUGGAGAACAAGGUGAAAGCGACAAAUUUAAAGAGUCAAGAGCAACAGCACGGGAACGAAGUGAGAUUCAAAAACUGCAACUUGGAGUUGAGUCAGCAGGAAUUCGACGAGGUUCUGGCUGUCUUGAGGGCUCGCACGCCGUCAGAGCGGAAGAGGACGGGUAUCAGGGCGAUCAAGAAGCGGGAGAAGUUGGAGAAAUCCGUGGAGGACGGAUCGGACAAGCCCGUGGUAGGGAAGUACGCGAAUUUGGAGAGCAUCGAGUGUUCGACGAACAACAUGGUGAACCGCACGAAGGCCUGCGAGGGUUGUAACCACAAGUUGUGCAGGAAAAACGACCAACAAGCUUUAGAGAAGACCAAUUUCGUUGAGAUUUAUGGCAAUAAGAAUAUUUAUAAUCCUCAGAAACGCGAGAAACUCGAGAGCGACGACUCGAGCGAGGAUCUGCAGCCGAUCAAAUGCAAUAAUAAUUCGGAGAAACGGGCGAACGACGGUAUGGACUGUUUGCAGAACGUAUCGAACAAAGCGGACAUAUUAUUGGGAGCAAUUUUACGUACCAGCAAAGACCGAGGGAAUCCAACGGAGAUCCCGAACGGGACCAAAUCGAGGUCCGUGUUGCCAACGGCCAUCAACGAAACGGAAAGCAAUCGAAAUAAUAACGUAGGUUGUGAGAAGAGCAGGGGCCAGGAGCAGAAAACCGUGGCGUUGGAGGACGAGAAGUUCCUGCCUAUGGCGCUCAACAAGAGGUUCAAUCGGUUCCGCCAACUCUUCAAAAAGGAACAAGAGAAAAAAGUUGCUUCAACGGCGGACGACAAUUCGCAAGAACACGCGACACAACACUUGGGUCAACGUUCGUUCUCGUACAACAAUGUCCAGCCAAGCCUGCACGAUCCAAAAAAUUUGAGGGACAGCAAAGCGAAGAGGAGGAUAGACUUCUCAAACUUUGGCGGGGAGAGGGAGGCGGGAAAGCGCGACGCAAGAGCUGAUGCUUCGGAGCUUAGUACAAAUGGCGCACAUCAAAAUUCUUCACGAAUCUAUUAUAGUACAAAUUACAAAGAGGACAGCGGCGACUACGACGAUGUCGAGGUGUCCAAAUGGGAAAAUAGACUGCAUAGUACAAACGUGGAUGAUGGGGUGACGGAGCUCGACGACGACGAGGAGGAGGAGGACGAAACUGUAUCGAAACUUUGCUCGAAGGAUUCCGUUUCGAAUGUCGGGAAGAAAAUUCGGAGCUGCAAUCUCGGCAAAGACAUCGUCACGGAUGACGACGAGACAACGGACAAGGCUGUACCCACUGCCAUCGAGCAGGAGAGAUUUCGCCGUUCCUUGGAGAACGCGGCUUCGAUGGUUUUUCACAGUAGAACAGGCUUGCCCUUGACGUCCAGUCCGGCUCCGUUGAGAAGGGGCAGCUGCUGCUUCGAUUACGAUAGCAGUCUGAAUUCUGUCUCCUCGAAGAGAAGCGCUCUGUUCGAAUUGAACACCCCGCCGAGUCCCGGCGCAGUGUCAUUGGAAGAGGCUGAUCGAGAGGCCGAGAAUGCAGGCGAAGGGGAGGAAACACCGAAAAGACGCUCGACUUCCCGCAGUAGACCGCAGAGUCACGCCCUUCUAGGCAGCUUCGAGGAAUCGGCUUUGAACGGUAGACUCGAACCAGUGUCGACCGUUCACGGUUUCACGGCGGAAUUGGGCGCCAGUGGUUCCUUCUGUCCGAAACAUCGAAAGCUUCCAGUCACUGUGUUCUUCUAUACGCUUGGUGACAAUGAUAAAGUUUCUACGCCCUAUCUCGCACAUAUAAAUUUGGGCAAAAAGGGCUAUCAAGUACCGAGAAGCGGUACUAUCCAAGUAACGCUUCUCAAUCCUUUGGGUACAGUCGUUAAAAUGUUCGUAGUACUGUACGAUCUUUCUGAUAUGCCACCACGAUCUCAUACUUUUUUACGUCAGAGAACAUUGCGGGACAAAACACUACGCUACCUCGUACAUCUUAGAUUUAUGUCCGGUAAGUCAGGCCGAAUUUACUUGCACACGGACAUUCGUAUGAUUAUUUGUCGCAAGUCCGAUGUGGACACAGCGUCGGAUUUCGGGUCAGAACCACCAAAGGAAUUACGAAGCUAUAUCCAUGGCCCUACCAAUCCGAAAUUUUCGCCAAGGUGCUGAGCCACAUGGCUCUUUCCAUGGGGUUGCUGUCAAUCACUUCGCUCGCCUAGUCCCCUUUGCGCAGAGGUUUAACAGAGAUCAAUUUUUUUUUUUUUUUUUUUUUUUUGAGACAUUCGGAGACAGGUCUUCCCUUUGGGAUUCGAUAUUAUAAAUGGAAAAGUAUGAAAGUUGAGAGAAAAACGAGUAGCAUUUACUUACAAAAAGAAUUCUGGAUCUUUGUAAAAGGAGGGAAAGAAAACCUUUGUGGAAAUGGUCUUCUCGAGAGGAGGAAAGAAGAUGUAAAAAAAAGGAUGGUUAAGUCGAGAGAAAGAUUUUAUAGUCAGAUCAUGCUUCGCAAAAAAAAGAAAAAAAAAAAAAAGAAAAAAAAAAGAAAGAAAGAAAGAAGUAUCAUCAUAUUUUGAGAUGAUUUUCGAGAAAGGGAGAACACAAUUUAAGCAAUUCUUGAAGAAAGUUUCGAAAGAAAAGAUUGUUUUUUUCGCGAAAAAAAUAUUUCAGAGAUAGGAGCAAGGAGCAAGGCAUACUAAGGGGACUAAUUUCGAAUAUUUGCCAUUUCAGUACGAAUUAUUUUGCUUAUCGUUAAGCACAAAUUUAUUUUCUUUCUUUUCCAUUUAUUGAUAAUAUUAUUUUUUUAACGCGAAAAACAAAGCGUGUGUUAAAUGUUUAUUUAUGAAGAUCGUCUUUGGUUUUAAUUUCAUAAUUAAUGGAUCGAAAUUUUUAGUUGAAUUAAAGUUGUGUCGUUUUUCGUUGAAAUUAAUUUACGCGCUCCAAUUUGAAUUUUUGGCGAAGAUUGCCGCUUUGAAUUUUUGUCUUUCAUAUUUAUUGCGACAGAACAUGUUCGUUCUAGUCGCGUUUUUUUUUUUUUCGAAUGGAAACGAAUAAAAGUUUCUAAUUAUUCGAGUUCGUCAAUUUAAUCAAUAAGUUGGACGAUCUCCUUGGAAGGCCAUCUCCUCAAUAUAUUGUUGUAAAUAUAAGUCAUAUGUAAAGUCGAAUAAGAAUUUUUUUAAAAAGGGAUGAUACUGUCAUGUGUGUGUAGCACCAUAAAGAAAAAAAGAAAAAAAAGAAAAAGAAUGAAAGAAAAAAAAAAAUAAGUGAUACGAGCAUAGAAAAUAUCAAGAAUCGGGUCUCUCGUUGACAUCAAACGUAUCCUCAAACUAUUGUACAAAAGAUGAACAGAGAAACUAUGUGAUCUAGAAAAUCUAGAAGUUUAAAGUGUAAUUUAAAUAGAUGCCAUUUAUCGAUUCGUUGAUAUUUUUCAAGAAGAAAAUUGAAGGGCGAUUAGUAUCGUCGUUUAUUUUAUUAAAAAAAAAAAGAAAAAAAAAACAAUACAAGGAAGAGGAAAGAAAAGAAAUGGAGAAAGAGAAAGAAAAAGAGAGAGAGAGAGAGAGAAAGAGAGAAAGGAAGAAGAAAAUGAAAAAUCUAUCUUUCGUGUGAAAUAAUGUAGCAAUCAACGAGUGGCUGGAUUUACGCGACUUUUCCUGCUCGAAGAAAAAGAAUCAUUAUUUACACGUAUAAACAGAACACAAUUUUGUGUCCGUAGCACUGUGAUGAAUAUUUUGAUAGACUAUAAAGAGUAAUUAUUAUAAAGUAUCUAUUUGAGUAGUGAAUAUGUCCUAGAUUAAUUAAUAAUUAUACUAAUGUCGUAUGAGGAAUGUAAUCGAGCGUAAUUACUAACCGUAAAAAAAACAAAAAAAAAAAACAAAAAAAAAAACAAAAAAAAAAAAUUACAUAUACCUUUCGCAAUCACAAGGCGCUCAUUAUUGUCUCCGUAUUAAAUUGACGUUCGUUUUCUUUAUUUUUCUACGCGCAGAAUGAGACGAAACAUUAGGAAAAUUAAUUUUAGUUACAGAAAUUAUUUUCACGAGCCAUUCGAAUUUCGUCUGAAGAAUCCUUCUAUCUCUAUCUAUUUGGAAAUCGAAAAAUUUCAUCGCCAUUUCGCCUAGAACUAUUCACGACCAAAUUUAUUGUCCAAAUGAAUAAACUACUCAAUUAGGCGGAUUUUCCAAGACUUGCGCUCGCUUUUGGUAAAAAAAAUCUGUUAUUCGAUUAAUUUACACGGUGGAGAUACGUAGACGUAACAGGCGCAUUUUGUGAUUUGUCAGAAGAAAUUUUUCUUUCUAACAUCUUGAUAAGGCAUGACAAGUAUGAUCUAUAGAUAGAUUGACAAAUACGUUUACGUUUUGAUCGACACCGAUCUUGAAUCAAUCGGGAAUAUUAAAAUUCGAUAAGGAAAAGACCUGCGAAGGAGUCGAUACGAUACGUUCGCAAGCUCGAAUCAAGCAGUUUUAAUAACGUUGCAAAAUUUUUUGUAGCACGUGUAUUGUACGGCAAGGAAAUAUAGAGUGUGUAAUCACUGCCAUGCUGUAUAUACAUUGUAGCAUAGAUAAACCGUUGAAUAACAAUUUAAGAGAAAUUCUAGCAAUAGUUUUUUGCCUGAUCGAGAGAUCUUAACAGAAAUUGAAAGCAAAAAGCGGGAUCCGUUGAAGAAAAAUCUCUAAGUCGCACAAUAUUGAUUUUGCACCUUUGUUAAUUUUCUAAUAUUAUCGUUAUUUAUCUCAUUGUUACAAUUAAAUGUUAAUUUUUUUUCUCCAUAAUUUCUAAUAUAUUUCUCCAAUCUGUUACGAAGAUUCAUUUCUUUUUUUUUUUUCGACUGGAUCUCGCUCGCGGAAUGAUUAGAAAAAUGAAAUGAAUAUAUUCUGUGAAUUCUAAUAGCUAAUAUUUUCCCAGAUCACUGAAAAGUCGCUUGAUAGCUUUAAAAGAAAAAUCUCCACGAUGCGUGUAAUUAAUUUUCAUACGACAGAAAUCGAACGAAAUGAGAUAGGUGCAAUUCAUUAGCACUUUUUUUGGAAAUUCGUGCAGAUAUAUGAGAAGGAUACAAGAUUGUAUUUUUGGAAUCUACAAUCGAGGAACAACUUGUACACACAAACUUAUAGGACGCGCGUUAGAAAAAAAAACUUUAUUAUUGUGAUAAACUUUUAUCAGAAUAACUGGUCUGCAAUUGAUUUUGAAAUUGAAUGUAUUCUCUUGUUGCUGGAAAAGGGGAAACGAGUUAAAAUUGACGGUGCCAAAUUUGAGAAGAAGAAGAUAAAAAAUAAAUAAAUGAAAAAAAAAAAUAAAUAAAAAUAAAAAAACAAAAAGUGAGAAAGGAUUUUGAAAGCGCUCAACGACAGAAACGUUUCGAAUCGGUUCCAAUGGCUUCGAUUAUUACUUUUAAUCAAUUUUAAAUCGAUAAACAAUGUGUUAUUAUUUUUAAUCAAAAUCAAUUUUGUUAAUUUUAUUCAUUUUUUUUUUCUUGUUGUUUGAACAUGUUUUAAUUUCUUUCCUAUUUAAUUAUUUCAAAGCGUUUUUCUUUCAUGUCGAAUUAUUAUUUGUUUUUAUUCUGCUACCGUUUUUUAAAAAAAAAAGUAUCAAACGUGCAACUUGCUAUAUAUAAUUUGAUUUGUAAAUUAUCAUCGAUUGUUCGGUUCUGGAGAGAACUGGAAGGAAAAAAAGAAAAAAAAAAGAAAAAAAAAACGAGCACCGUCCGAUCAAUGAUAAUUGUAAGUUUUUACUCGCCAAUUCUAAUUGUAGAGAACGUUCUGUUGAAAUCCAUUAAUUGACACACAUUGAUGGACACCAGAUAUACAUAGGGUAGCGUUAUUUUAUAAAUGAAAAUAAUUGUUAUUGCUAAGUACUUUUUAUUAUUUUUAGCGAACGAAGCGUGCGGUAAAAGAGGAACAUUUGUCGAAAAGCGAACUCAUACUUAUGGUACGCAUGGCCAAACGUAAUAAAACUACAGCAAUGCAUUA